GUAGAGUUCCGGCAAGGUUCGGCGACGAGAAGUUAGCGGCUCUCUCUUCCGAGUUCUUAAUUGUGAGCCGCUUGCGGGAAGCCCUAGGUUACCGUCCUUUUCCCAGGGCGUUGGGGAUUUCGUGGGGCCGUUAUCUUCCGCUUGAACACCCUGCACUCCCACUCCGAUUUCCAUUCCAAGUAGGGAAUGGAUGCGAUCAACAAAGCUGUUAAGUAUAGGAUAUCGCUAAAGGAGCCUGGGAUUCCUGGAGUUCUACGGAUGUCUGAAGAGCGAUUUACUUUCAUUCCUCAUGAUCCUAGAUCAGCGUUCAAGCUUGAUGUUUCCUUUAAAAGCAUUAAAGUUCACAAGUUCAGCAAAGUUGGCUCCAAGCAAGCUUUGUUGAAUCUUCUGCAUGAGGGCGGAGGCUAUAUUUUUGAGUUUGAUAAUUUCUCUGACAGAAAUAUUUGCAGAGAUUUUGUAGGAAAAGUACUUGGAAAACUUCAGGCUACAGUUUCUUCUAAAGAUGAUAAAGCAAUCCCUGACAAGACAACUCAUUCAGUUCUUGGUGAACAACUAAGCCCUAUGGAGAUGGAACAUCGAAUCAAGCUGUUGCGGGAUGAUAGUGAAUUACAGAGGCUGCACAAACAAUUUGUUAUGACUGGUAUAUUGACAGAAUCUGAGUUUUGGGCUACUAGGAAGAGUUUACUUAAUGAUGCUGCAAUUAAGGUGUCCAAACAAAGGACUGGGUUCAAAAGUUCCAUGCUUGCUGACAUCAGGCCAUCAACUGAUGGUCGGACAAAUAAAGUCACGUUUAGCUUGACACCGGAGAUAAUUCAUCAGAUUUUUGCUGAAAAACCUGCUGUUCAUCGUGCUUUUCUUGAUCUUGUACCCAGUAAGAUGUCUGAAAAGGAUUUCUGGACAAAGUAUUGUAGAGCUGAAUAUCUUCACAGGACCAAUAAUUCAGUGGCUGCAGCCGCAGAGGCAGCUGAAGAUGAAGAGCUUGCUGUAUUUUUAAAGCAUGAUGAUAUCUUAGCUGAUGAAAUUCGAAAGAAGAUUAGACGUGUUGAUCCAACAUUGGACAUGGAAGCUGAUCACGCAGAUGACUACGUACAUCUUCCUAAUCACGGUAUUUUGCGUGAUGGAAUAAAGGAAACCAUUGAUGCUGAGAAUGAAUUAUCAAGAAGAACUCUCUCACAAGAUCUUAAUAGGCAUGCAGCUGUUGUCCUUGAGGGAAGGGCUUUAGACGUUGAGUUGGGGGAUACAAGGACAGUUGCUGAAGCUCUUGCAAGGUCAAAGAAGGAGUCCUCUGUUGAAGCACUGAAUAGAAAUGAAAACCAAGAACGUUUUGAGAAGGCUUGUCGAAUGACUGAGAUUGAGGAUCUUCAAGGUCCUCAUAGGCUCCCAUAUGCACCACUGUUUAUUAAGGAUCCUCGUGACUACUUUGACUCUCAACAUGCCAAUGCACUUAGAGCUUUAGGUGAUAGCACCGCUGGAUUUAUAAAUGCUGACUACAAUCUUAGUUUGGAGGAGUCAUAUGAAUAUUUACUGAAACAAAUCUCUGAAGCAAAAGUGACAGGGUUGAAGGAUAUUGUCCAAUCUGAUGUUGCUUUGAAGGUCUUUAAUGGAUUGAAUCAACAUCUUUCAAGUAUCAAGCAUCACAUUGGAAAGGGCUCCCUCGAGAGCGUCCUUGACCAGCUUCCUAGAAGGACAAAAGAUGAGCUCAUGAUUCAUUGGACUUCUAUUCAGGAACUACUGCGCCAUUUCUGGUCAUCAUAUCCUAUUACAACCGGAUACCUGUAUAAUAAGGUUUUAAGAUUGAAGGAAGCUAUGACACAAAUAUAUCACAAGCUGCAGGAAAUUAAGGAAUCGGUGCAGUCAGAUUAUCGACAUCUCGUAUCUCUCCUUGUUCAGCCUAUGCUGCAGGCUCUAGAUGCUGCCUUUGCCCAUUAUGAUAAUGAGCAGCAGAAACGAACCGCUAAAGGUGGAGCAAUGCCAAAUGGUUUUACCCUGUAAUCUACAUGUAUCUUCUAGUAAGUUCCGCUUUUCUGCUUUCAUAUAUUUGUAGGUUACAUGUACGUUACAGUAGGUUACAAAGGGUAUAACGGGGAUAUAGCCCCCCGAUACCCUCACUGUAACAUACCUACGUACGCAGCGCUGCGUACGUCUUACGUACCCAAAUUUUUUCCGUAGAGUUUAUAUUACAUUUUUUUU